GGCAUCCCAAGGGCCGGAACUGGGUGGGGAGACAUGUUGGAGGACACCGAGUUUUCGAUACUAGGGGGUAACCCCCCCCCUCCAACCACUGUAGAAUAUAAGUUCCUUGAGGGUAGAUACUAUUCGUUUUUGUCCGUGUAUCCUGAGCCGCUAGCAUAACAGCCACUUAAUAACUCUACGGAACUGAAUGGGAUCCACCCUGGGUCUGAGGAGAGGGCAAAAAAGGGAAGAGAAUGACUGAAACAGUUCCUUUGGGCUCAGAUAGACUUUUAAAGCGGAGGGAAUUUCGAUCUUCCAGAGCUAGACUGCCGACCCCAGCCUCCAGAUCUGCCCCGCCCCCUCCCACAUCUGUACGGUCCCCGUCCCCUCCCAUCCGCAUUUGCAGCCUCAGCUGUAGUUACCAUAACGGGGAACGUGGCAGAUGGUGGGGGCGGAGAGAAGGAAAGUGGACUGGGAGCUCCGAUGCCAGUGUUCGCCUCCAGUCCUCGAGCCUGAUUUUGAACAAAGAUGGAACCUCUCCUUCCCACCUUCCGCACUCCUCCUCAGUCUCAGUUUCCUUCCCCUCAACAUUCCCUCGGAAAUAGUAGAGGGUAUAGUCGGGCUGGGCUCCAGGAAGUCUGGGUCCGCAACUUGGCCUCUUCUGCCGUUCUUCUUAGCUCCUAGGGUCUUUCCCCAAGCACAGUCCCCUCCCCCAUCCCUCAGAUCCCCCCUCUUCUUGGCCCCAUAGGACCACACUCCUCCCACAGUCCCGCCCCCUGCUAGAGCCUCCCGAGGGGGAUGGAAAACGGAGAUUCCUCGGCCAUGCAUCCCUUCCAGCUCCUCCGGAUAUAAGGGGGGUUGAGGGGGUGUUACUGGACAACACGAGGAAUGGGGGAGUGGGAAGUUGUAGAUAGCAUCCCGGCACGUGGAUGAGCUUCUGUCCUCCUAUCUGGCCCGUCCUCCUCCAACUCGCAACCUCCUGGAUUUCACUGUCCAGAGGUUCCUGGCAGUACUGGGGUAGAGGAGGGUAGCUAGAGGAAUACACGAGGAACCGCCUCGAGUUCGGGCCUCAGUUUCCCGGCUUUCGACUCCAUUUAGUAGGGGCCGCUGGUCGGGGGGAGGGACCUGAGCUUGGAGCGUGUCACCAACAACCUCCCCUCACUUUCUGGGUUGGGACAACUUAGAGCGAAGGGGGAAAACAGGAGGAAGGGGCGGAGGCGAGGGGGGGGGGGGGGGGGGGCAGGGCCGUAGAAGGAGCCAAAACCAGGAGGGAGACUCAGACCGACGGACUGACCGACGGACAGACAUCACACAGCUUCUCCCGCAAUCCAUCCCCUUGUCUACCCCCUCCAUGCCUUGGCCAUGCGGGGGCUCCUGCUUACCCUGACCGUCCUGGCACAGACCUCUCGCCUCAGCCUGGGGGCAAUUCCAGCCUUUGCCAGCCCAACUACUCGCCGCCGGACCUCGGAGUCCCAGGUCACCCUAACCCCCAGGCCUGCAAUUUCCCCGGAGCCUACCACCCCAUGGUCCAGGGUCUCCCGAAUUCGUCCCGCAACUCCCUCUAUGCCCAAUCCCCUUACCCCUCGUCCCCCGGCCCCUGAGUCCCUGACCCCUAGAAUCCCUUGUUCCCCUGCUACCUCUACCUCACGACCCGGAACCCAGACGGCUCCGGUUCCUCGAACCCCAAGGCCAGGGACUCCAGCUUUCCGAGCUCCCCACGCCUACACCCCGAGGCCUGGAGGGCCCAAAAAGGAGGCGCAGAAGAAGAAAGCAAAACCAGUGCUUCGGGUUAGGGUCAUCAAGAAGAAGAAAGUUGUUGUGAAGAAGAGGAAGAAGCCGGGUCCAACCCACCCAAGCCCAGGAAACCAAGAGAUCACUCAGGAUCCCAGUGCCUGCCCACCCCUGGGGCUGGAAUCUCUUCGAGUCUCUGAUGAACAAUUCCAGGCGUCUAGUAGCCAAUCAUUUGGCCUGGGAGCCCAUCGUGGAAGGCUCAACAUCCAGUCGGGCUUAGAGGAUGGGGAUCUCUUUGAUGGGGCCUGGUCAGAGUUAGAGGAUGAUCGGCCUUGGCUACAGGUGGAUGCUGGUCGGAUAGCCCGUUUCACAGGUGUCAUCACCCAGGGCAGGAAUUCCAUUUGGAGGUAUGACUGGGUCACUUCCUACAAGGUCCAGUUCAGCAAUGACACUCUUACCUGGUGGGGCACUAAGAACCGAAGCAGUGGACGGGAUGAGGUAUUCCCUGGGAAUUCGGAUCCUGACACACCGGUGCUGGCACUGUUCUCUCGGCCUCAGGUGGCCCGAUACAUAAGGCUACUCCCCCAGACCUGGCUAGAUGGGGGUGCAGCCUGCCUCCGCCUUGAGGUGCUAGCCUGUCUGCUCCCAGACCCCAAUGGGCUCUUCCCCCGAGAGCCUCAGCUUGGAUCUUCAGACCCUCUGGAGUUCCGCCAUCACAACUACAAGGAUAUGAGAAAGCUAAUGAAGAAGGUGAAUGAACAGUGUCCCAACAUCACUAGAGUCUACAGCAUUGGGAAAAGUCACCAGGGCCUGAAGCUCUACGUGAUGGAAAUGUCUGACCAGCCUGGUGAACAUGAGCUAGGAGAACCUGAGGUGCGGUACGUAGCUGGCAUGCACGGGAAUGAGGCACUUGGCAGGGAACCUUUGCUGCUCAUGCAAUAUUUGUGUCUCGAAUUCCUCCGUGGGAACCCUCGGGUGACUCGGCUCCUCACAGAGACUCGCAUCCACCUGCUGCCCUCCAUGAACCCUGAUGGCUAUGAAAUAGCUUACCGACGGGGUUCAGAGCUGGUUGGGUGGGCUGAGGGACGAUGGACCCACCAGUUCAUUGACCUGAACCACAACUUUGCUGACCUCAACACACCUUUAUGGGAAGCUGAGGAUGAUGGACUGGUGCCCCAUACCUUUCCAAACCACCACCUGCCACUGCCAGCUUACUACACAAUGCCCAAUGCACAGUGAGUGACCGUGGCUCCAGAGACCCGUGCUGUGAUUGACUGGAUGCAGAGGAUUCCAUUUGUUCUGAGUGCCAAUUUACAUGGUGGAGAACUGGUGGUAUCUAUCCCUUUGAUAUGACUCGGGACACCCUGGGAAGCCCGAGAGCUCACUCCCACACCCGAUGACCCUGUAUUCCGCUGGCUCAGCACUGUCUAUGCAGGGACCAGCCGAGCCAUACAUGAGCCGGGCCGCCGGCCCUGCCACAGCGAGGAUUUCUCACCCCACGGCCAUAUCAUCAAUGGUGCCGAAUGGCAUUCAGUCGCUUGGAGUAUGAAUGACUUCAGCUACCUCCACACAAACUGCUUUGAGAUUACAGUGGAACUCUCCUGUGACAAGUUCCCACAUGAGAGUGAGCUGCCCCAGGAGUGGGAGAACAACAAGGAUGCCUUGUGUCUGUGCCUACCCCAGGUGCGAAUGGGCAUUUCAGCUGUGUUAGACAAAGACACAGAGCAAGGCAUCCCAGAUGCUGUCAUCUCAGUGGACGGCAUCAACCAUGAUGUUACCACAGCCCCAGGCGGGGACUACUGGCGGAUGCUGACUCCCGGUGAUUACAUGGUGACAGCCAGCGCAGAGGGAUACCACUCGGCCACCAAGCCCUGCCGAGUCUCUUUCGAGGAGGGUCCCACUCCCUGCCACUUCCGUCUCAGCAAGACACCCAAGCAGAGGCUGCGAGAGCUCCUAGCGGCAGGUGCCAAGGUGCCCCCCGACCUAAGGCGGCGGCUGGACCGCCUGCGGGGCCGUGGGGUGCGGGGCGGGUGGCGCAGGACGCUGACCUGGGGGCUCUACAGGCAGGACCUGGAUUAA